GCAGUUAGGCGUCAGUUGUACUUAGGUGCUCCCGAUGAUCUGUCUCCAGAUCCCAUCAGUGGUAUCCCAGCACCCAUUGUUUUACCAUUCGGGGUAGUGCCUGACGCCGGAGCAAUACCACCCGCAGGGGCCAUCGCACCAUCUCCUCUCAUCGCCCCUGCACCUGCCAUACUACCAGCCAAUGCUAUAACAGAAGAAAACAGAGCCACUCCAGUGGAUAAAGGUUAAUUUUAAUCACCAAAUUCUUCAUCUUUAAACCGACUUAGAGGGUCAACAACUCUGUCUCGUGAGAUCAUGUGUUGACCAUCAGCCUUAAACAUUAAUAGUAUUGUGUAAAUAACCCUUUCAGUACCAAUAGCAGCAAAAAUUGAUCGACUCUUGUGGGACGUAAAACGGUUACGCCACAACCACCUCUCGAGUCUACCUGCAUGCCAUGGGUUGUGGGAAAGGGUAGAGAAUGGGGGUGCUCAUCCUCACUGAAUUGUCUGACAUUAGAAGUCAUUUAAUCAAUAGGUCGAUCAUGGGCUUCUAUGUUAGAGUAACAUUAACUCUCUCUUAAACUAUAUAUUUCCUUUAAAGGACGGUCAUCUUCUUAAAACCGACAUAAGAGUAUCCCUGCUGUCUUCAGUCAUUUUCUUUGCUUCUUAGUAACUUAGGCACCUCUUGAGGCAGACGUUAAAUUUUAGUCUGAACAGUGUCUGUUCCGGCAAAAUUGUGCAGAGGUCUUCAAGGUCGCUAUCGCUAAAAGUUCAGGAAAUGGACCCCUUCCCGGUUGCCUUGAGAGGAGGGGUCAGUGAUUCUCAUCCCGAGUAAGUCUUAAUAUUGGUUACCAUGUUUCAAAGCUAAAAACCAGAGAGUUGUCAUGAAUGUUGAAGAGUAAAGAACAUUUUACACUGCCUUGUAGCAUCUUUCUUACACUCCAGCCAUGAUGACGCGCUGCCCUUGCUACUCGACACAGUUGUUGACAUCUUUUUGACGGUUUCCGAUAACCUUGCCAAUUUUUAUCUCAUAAGAGCUCUUUUAAUUGGUUUUGCAGAGAAAGCAAAAAGAUUCGAGCUUCCCUUCACGUCAGACCCUAUGCCUCAACAAUGGAAUGACGGAUUAUCACAGGGUGCUUUGUUUGGUCAAGGCCAAUUGCCAGACGAGGAAAGUGCCUUUUCCCUUAGUCCAAACCAAAUGUUGUCUGAUGAUUCAAGCUUUACUGGACAAAACAAGGUUAUGUCAUCGUCACCAGAGCAGCUUAAUGUUCAAAACGAAAUGUUGGGUGAUGUAACAAAUCGGAAUGAACUCGGCACUAACAGCUUGUCAAUCCCGCAAGGGCAGUAUAACUCUGCCGUUCCACAAUCUAGUGAAAAAGUAGAAUUUUAUGAACCAAACGAAACAGGAAGUCCCGAAACGCCACCGUACUUGGAUUCUCCGUACACAGAUACAGGCCCAUCAAAAGAAGAUCUCCAAAAAAUUGAACCACUCUUGGAAAGCGAAAAGUUUUUGGCAAAUGCAAUAAUAAAAGACACUUGGCGAGAAGGUGAGCUACUGUUUUGGACGCACUUUUUGAAAAACGUGAAUUCUGAUGAUUGGAAACCCAACUACUAUUGCGAAGCAGUAAGCACGAUGAUGUAGAACUGCCUUCAUCGGUAGCUGUAUUAAAAUCUUGAGCAAAAAAUAAAACUUAGAUGUUAACAGAGUUUUUUAAACACUAAAAAUAUAACCGACUGUAAAUUGAACAUAAAUUGACGUAUUCUCUGUUUAGGACGUGUUAUGGAGAAACAGGUAAAUUAUCAAUCUUUAGAACCGAACAUCUUUAGAAAGUAUGAGUCUGCAUUGUUGCUUUCAUUGAAUCCAUAAGUUAACAAAACGUUCUAUUCCACAGAUAGCGCACUCUCUUCUUCAAGACAGGCUGUUUCAGAAAGUUUAACGGCUGCUCACCAACUGGCAAACGAAGACUGGCAGAACAAACCGAUUAUCCACGAGAAAGCGAAGCAGAAAGCCAAAAGCUAUGACAACGAAAACGAGAACAAUGUUUUACUGGACGAAGCUCGUCCAGGCGGAAUGCUUAAACAAGAAUCACUGCCUUCUUCUGUUUUGAAAGAAAAGCGACCACUUAACGAUGGCAAAAGCAACAGUCUUCUGCACGAAGAGCAGCCAAUAAGUAUGCAUCACCAAUCGCCAUUGAGCCCGAUGAUGAAAGUGGAGAAUGAUUCUACGACCUUCCUCACGAAAAUGCAAGGAACUACAUCUAAGGGAAUUUCGUCAUUAAAAAAUUCAACCAGGAUGUACAAUCACAGUUUAUCAGAGUUAUCAUCCAGUAGAGCAUCAGUGGUAUUACAAAGGGAAGCGAUAAAGAAAAAUGUCUCGGAACCUCAUUCUGAUUCUCACGACGACUGGUUUACCAAUGUGAGGCUAGCAAAAUCUCACAACAUUUCUUUGGGAGCUAGCACAGCGGAAAGUCCAAGGAAUGGACAGUUAUCACGGAAAAUGUACACUGCAGCGGAUUAUUUAAAAACACUUUAUCCACAGCUAUCUCUGUUUAGGGCGCCACUCAAAAACGUCAAGGGCAAUGCAUCGUUGUUGUCGCUGGUCCUUUCUUCCCUUCUUCAUGGCAAUGCUACAUUACGUAAACUCUUAUACGAGUCCCCAAAACUGGUCACCAAAGAUGCACUUGGAAAAGCGAAAACAAUAGGUUUGAGGCCUAUUAAAGACACUUCAGAUUUACAGAGAAAAGCCUCACAGGAACUUUUAAAAUCUUUAAUGAAAGCAGAUUUCAUGCUUGGGGAGAGAUCAGUAAUAAAGCAAAAUCGAAAAGCUCAAGGAGACAUUGGAUCAUCCAAAUUGCCUCUGAGAAGAUCAAAAAAGGUAUUAAAAAAAGAAUCAACUGAGGGAUUUUUAACAGAAUCUGGGGCUAAACUUUUACCAGCCCAUAUUUUCUCGCCCCUCGGAAGUGCGUUCAAGGACCUUCUGGAACAUUCAUCCACACCGGCCCCGAAGACGAGCCUUACGACUACGCCUAACCCUAUGGAUGUGCCACAACCACCGACAAGCUCCUCUCUAAUUGUUCCAACCCAGGAGGGCCAAAUUGUACCGGUUACAGAAAGUCAUGUCAGAAGAGAACCUACUACUGUACCGGUUCUUGUUCCAACACAAUCUGGAAUGAUUGCCACUCCUCGAAGCAGCUCCAACGAAAAGCAAACAGAAAACAUGAUGAGCCCAACGUCGAGGGAUAGCAAGGGAUCUUUUCCCUCGGAGGUUUUUAUACCUUCAAUAAUGUCCACUAAAGCCAAUCACUUUUUAGAAAAAUCUGGUUCUAUCUCAGAUCAAACAUCACCAGUUAAGAACAUUUUUCCAACAGAAGCGCCUCUUUUGCCAACGCGGACGGGAUUUAUGCAAUCAAGAAAGCAGAAGAACGUUUUUUGGACAGGACCCCCUGAGAACAAUUCGGAGAGAAACAAUAUAAAAACUAACAUUCACGAACAGAGGCUGUACUCAUAUGAAUCAACCAGAUCUAAAACGGUCCGACCAAAAACUUUAGUUUCUCACUUCCGGAGGAAACCAAUUCAGUGGAUCAAUUCUGUUAGGAAUGGUGCGCCCAAUGCAGUUAGCACCCGAAUGGUAGGGUCAAGGCCGGUGCAUUCUAGAAAAAGAAGACAACUGCUUGUUCCAGUACCAUUCAUGCAAAACAACAACAAUCCACAGCAGUUUGCCGGGCAGACGCUGCUUCCUGGUCAAAUGGAUGGUCAAGUGCUCCUGCCCAACAUGCCGCAAUUGCCACAGUUACAGCAGCCCGUCCAGCAGUUUUUAUCCACACAGCCGCUCCAGGAAUUUGUACCACAGAUCGUUCAGUCACCUCAGGCGAUGAGCCCCAUUUCACUGCUGGGGCAGCCAGGUAUACAUGUCUACAAUAUUAACAACUACGGGUUAGAUUCUUUAUGUCAACGCGCUUACCAUAAGUCAGAAUUGGGCAGCCCUGAACAGUCCAGUCUUAUUAGUUAACGGACGUCUCCAGUUAGAUUGGACAACUCAUAAAUAGAAGUGUGAAAGGCAGUGAAGAGGUGUAACAAAAACUCUAGAGAAAACCUUCUGUCAUUUCAAAAUGAGUCGUCGGGCCGGUUAGUUCCUGCCUUUGGUAAGCGCUCUUACAUUCUUGCAAAGGCAAAAGAGAUAUUUGGAAUCACGUUUACGGCAAACCGCGGCAAACGUCAAUUUGCACCGUGAACAAGUUUUCUUUUACUUGUCGUGAACUGUUAACUACGUACACCUACAAAAUAAUAGUAGUUUCACGUCAGUUUUGCAUUCACUCAAGAAGUAAUGGCUAGCACUAUAUUUUCAUGGUGUUGAAACCCCCAGAUCAUAGACUCAAAAGUGCCGUUCGCCCCUCACGCGUGCUCUCGAGCAACUGUGACGCAAAAGAAAUGUAAGAGACUUCUCGCGGUCUAAUUUGAUAUAUAACCUCUUUAGUCGGUGGGUCAGUUAACCUCACUUGGCACCGCAGUGAUAGGGGUCUAUUUAUUUACCUGGCUUAGGAAAAGGACUUUCAGUUGUGAACAAUAUUAUGCUGGUCUUCAGUUUCAUCCACGAGUCGAUAGCGUUACUCACGUUUACUACUUUGCACUUUCAAACAAUACAUUCGAAUUCCUUUUCCUUGCGGUCACUCCCUCUACUCUAGGGAGAACCUGUUGCCAUCAGUCAUUUGCUUAUAAGUCAAGUGCUUAUAAGCCUCUAUAACACCCAGCCUCAAAAAGUGCAUGUUCAGUAGCCUGCGAGCAAGAUCUCUGGGGCGCCCUGGAGGCGGGAAGGGAAAAAGAAAAGCUUGCAACUAUGUCUAUGGAAUUUGAAUACCUGCAUCGAAAAAGUCGAUGCGAAACUGCUGACUGGCGUAGAUGAUAUUAGCGAUGAUCUUUCACGUGUUUUUCACUGUCUGUUUACACUUGCGCAAUCGCGCUCGUUUCCCUCUUGGAAGAGACGUAGUUGCAAACUCUCCUUCCUUUUACGGCCCUGCCGCCAGAGUGUCGUGGAGACAUUCCUCGCAGGCUACAUGUUCAAUGACUGACAAGCCUUAAAAACGUUAUACAGGAGAAGGUUUCUUUCCUGUGGACCGUAGUGCUAUGACGUUGUCAUUCACUGCGAUUCGUUGUUUCUGUUAUCAUCGCAAUUUUUACCUUUUAUCUUCCUUUACAAUUUCAGAGACAAGCGCUCAGGACUGAGAUCUUACAAAGUUUAUUUGACAAUGAAAAGAUAAUAUUUUAAACAACUAUACAUGCGUUAAUUCGUUAAGUAAUUGCAUGUGCGUUUUCCACAAAAAACAGAAAAAAAACGGGAAACAACAACAGCAACAAAAAGGAGGGACACCCCGUUACAGCUGUUCAGGCCAAAAAAGCUGAACUUUGAUCCCCCCCCCCUCCGGUCUGACGUCGUCCUAAUUGCUUCUUUGUUCAGGAUCGAACUUGUUAUGUGAUCUUUGAUCUUUGGAAUAGCUGACUGUUUUAUCUUAAAAGUGUCCUCUUGAAUGAAAGAUUGGUAAUAUAAAAAUUAAGUGAUAUAAAAUGACAAACAACUCAGUGGAACAUGAUGUUAUCAUCAAAGAAUACCUGGGGCCAAGGUUUUAGCUAAAAAAACUGUGGCCUCGUUUCAAGUCGCUGGCGAUCACUUUCUGGAAGGAGGGGGGGGGAUGAUUGAGUUAAUUAUCAAGAAAAGCGGGGUCGAAAGGAGCCGCUCGCCCUCUGCGCUGGUUCCCGACGGGAAAACCUGUGGAGAAGGCAGUACUCCUUGAGUGUAAUAACUUCACACAUUCCAAAUUUUCAGGGCCAGUUAUUCAAACGGAGUUUAGACCAUGUUUAACAAAACCGCGUUCUAAGCCAUUUUCAUUUUGCCCAACUCUUUUAUCCCAACACCAUUUUUCGUGAACAAUUUAACCAAAGCAUACAGCGCGCGUAGACUGGAAAAGUACUUCAUUUCUUGAAUUAACCCCUUAAGAAAUUAAACAAAUCUGGAGGUCCAGUGAUUUCUUAAACUGCGGCCUAAGUUAGACUUCGUUUAAAUAACCGACCCUCAAUUUUUGCCACCAUCGUCAUUACUAGUACUCAUCAGUUAUGGCAUAAAUACAGGCGUUUAGUCUUUGAAUGCAAAACUCCCUGAAGAAGUCUACUUUAGUGAGACGAAACGAGUAGGAGAAUCAACAAGUUUUACAGCUAUAGUUUUCAGUUUUUUAUACUACUACAUGAGAAAUUUCUGCAAUUUGAUUAGCUUAGAGCAGUAGUAUUUCAGCUUAAUUUGAAAUACCUACAUGUGAAAAUUACAAUCCGUUUGCCGGUAGUAGUAUAAACAAAUAAUAGCAUGAUUUGUAUGUGAUAUUUGGCGUAAAUACCACUCGUGAUAUUUCAAAAUUGUGUCAAAUUUCACUCGCCUAACGGCUCGUGAAAUUACGUAUAACAAUUUCGAAAUAUCACUUGUGGUAUUUAUGCCAAAUAUCACUACUAAUCUUGCUAUUACCUAUACUAAAAACUAAAACUUUUAAAAAAGAAGAAAAAACUAGCUAGAGCACCUAAGUGCACUGCCACUAUAAAAAACGUUUACCAUAUUACCAUUUUACAACGACAUAGCUGUCAGCAUUAGCAAGCAAAAUAACCAUCUAUGCAAUUGCAAUGAAGUUUGAAACAACACAAAUUUACAUUUUAGUGAGGUUUUCACUGCCGUCGUCAAAGUGGUUGCUAAAUAUCACUGUUAUUGCUACCAUUAUUAUUAUCAUUAUUAUUAUUAUUAUUACUAUUAUUUUCGCAGCAACGUUAUAUAAUCAAGAAAAUGAUAAAUAUAGCCAUUGGAGCAACAUAUUACAUCUUUUGUUGUAGAAAUAGGAACUGGGAUAGCCCAGACUUAAUGCAAUUUUAAUUUUUUUUUUUUGGCUUUUGUUUUGUUUUGUUUUAUUUUUGUUUUUGUUUUGUUUUUUUGUUUUUGUUUUUAUUUUUUUUAAUAAUCCAAUCUCAAGCAGCAUUUGUAAAUUGCCUAUACGUAGCGAGAUUUACAAUUGUACAUUCAAAAGCACAAAUAAAGUUUCCAUUAUUAUCAUUAUUAUUUAAUUAUUAGUAUGUGAAAUCAAAUCGUGACUAGUGAAAUUAGGGAAUAAUUUCACGAGUUUACCUUUUUAUUAGAAAUCAAGGGUGACAUAUUACGCGCACAAUCGUGGUCUUUUCACUUAUUUUUCGCAUCGAGAAUUCCACGCACUGAAAACGUUAGAGCAUAAAUUUUGGCUUAAGUUCACAAGUUUCUGAAUGUUUCGACAAAUAUCUCUUAGAAUCCCUCGUGAUGUGCUCUUUUGCGCGUUUUGGUUUCUAAAACGUCUUUUAGACCCUGUUUACAUGGAGAGGGGGACCCCGGUCUAGUGGGGUAGGUUUCUUUUGUUUUGUGUCCCCCAGAGCGUGAAAACAAAAGAAACCAACCCCACUAGACCGGGGUCCUCCACUCCAUGUAAACAGGUCCUUAAUGCCCUGACAUCUUCGUUCAUAGCAUUUUAAAACUCCGGCGCCAUCUUGGCACGUUGCCUUGGCAUGCGCCAAAAUUAAGAAGUAAUUUGUUACCCAUGAUAUUAUUAUUAUAGUUAUUAUUACUCUUACUAUCGCAAUUAUAUUAGCGUUGGAAGUCUAAAUAACUACCAUCGUUACUUGAAAUACGCUUAACAGCAAUCAUAGUUCACUAAAACCGUUUUUUAAAAACACGUAAAAACGCUCUUUGGCCAUGAACUCCAUCAGAAUCACCACAAACGCCCUCUCGCCUUUUACGCGGACCUGCUUCGUGUUUAAACUCUUGUCGCUCAAACCGACUACCUUCAAUCUUUGACCGUACGAGUGAAGAGAUCAUGGAUGAGCGAUGAGCAUUUGGUAGAUGGCUAUCAGCCUUGUCCAUGGUCUUCGUGGCAUCUUGUCUCCGUGCGAUGCAUCUCUGCUCACUGAGUGGAUUGAUUGUUGCCGCCCCUUCUCGUCUGACCUUUCUUACACUCUCAGAUGACUCACUCAUUCCAAGCGACUGAUUGACGUUGAAAGCAACUCCGCGGGCAAGAUGCUGUGUUAGCGGGCUUUGGACAUGAAGAACUGUGCUUUGCCGACGUACUGCUUUAGUCUGCUUACCUAAAAUUUCGUUGGUCCUAGCAGAGCGCUGAUUGAAAGGUGACGCCGAGGCUUCGAAGGGUUGCUGAAUGGGUGGCAGAUAAACUUUUUUGCGCGCUACGUUUGAUAUCCCCUUUUCUGUUCUGUUGAAAAGUUCCAUGUCUUUCGUAAAAUCUGAUGACAUACCAGUAUUUGGCUGGUACCAUGAAAGAGUCUUCCUUUCGGCUCUUGAAAGAGAUGUGCGAAAUGCUGAGUUCUUGUGCUCGCAGAGAUCGGAUGGUUUCUGAGCCACUGGGUCGAGUUGGUCGGGCGCCCCCUUUCUGGACUCCUUCAUCUCUCGCUGCUGAAAAGUUGUUCCCAUUCUGGCACUGAAUGAAUCUUCCAAUGCUCCUACCAUUUUUGGACACACCUCUUGCGAGUCCGACCGAUGAACUGUCGACGAGAGAUGCUGUUCAGCUGGCUGUUUGAUGUCAAACUGUUGCUGAAAGGGAGGCCGAUGACCUCUAUGCUGUGCCAGGUUCGCCCAAUUUCCUUCCGACAGACUUUCUUUUCUUGGAAACUGGAUCAUUUCUGUAUUUGGAGUUAGUUCUCUUCCUCGAAACCCCGAGGACAUCUCAUUUUCUUUUUUUCCGGCCAAUGAGAAGGCUGACCUACAUUGCCCGUGCUUGUAUACUGGCUUUAAUGUGCCUUGAUGGUGGAAAUAGUGUGCGCUAGGUGGUGUCCCAUAGCUGUCACAAUCGCUCCCCGGUAGAGUAUGCAAAGUGUACCUUGCACGGCGUGAAUCAUUAACGACUUCGUCAGAAGGAGACUGAAGAGCAGAGAGCACUGGAAAAAUAAAUCUGCCCUUGGCUGGUGAUAACAAAGCCGGUGACUUCGGAUACUGAGAAAAAAUUGUCACGGGAUCCGCUGCAUGACUGCUUGCUACGUUUUGAAGCUCACCUUUCGACUGAAUGAAGACUGUUCUCGGUUUUAUCAAGUGACCGCAAGUCGUGUACAAACCGGGGUUGUCACAGGCACCAGUUGAGCAAGUCUUUGCGUUAAAAAACACCAAACAGCCUUCAUUUGGUCUGUAACUAUUCUUUCGCUUUCCAGAGUUUCCACUGCCGUCCAUUGUCGCCUUGCCUCUAUAAGCAGCAUCAAUCGGAAAAGGAGUAUGAUGCUGUUGUCCUCCGUAACAGUCGCUUUCAUAAUACCGAGUGGCUCCGCUCUGGUCUUAUGGGAUUAUUCUAUUGACGCAAAUGGUCUUAUGUUUAUCCCCCUAUCAGUUAAUCUGUGUAAGAAAAAUGCUUUUUCAAACGUCAGUAGAAAAACAACAAAUUAAUCACCAUUUCGAUUGCGUUCACUUCUAUCGGGUAUUUUCAUGAAAAUUAUGUUUCUAUAGUUCAAAAGUCAAGUUAUCAAAGCUUCAAAGCCAAUAAUGAAAAUUUUAAAUUUUGGUCACUUUGUAUUCCAAAUGGUUGCUAGGUUGACAUUUGAAAUAUUUAAUAGGGACAAGUGUUUGUUCUGUUUUUCAAUACUACUCCUAGCAGCUAGUAUUUGGUCACGUACUGGUGCAUUUUACUAUUUUUCCUGUUUAAAAUUCCCCUCAUUUCAAAGCAUUGCCUGGCCGCUCUUAGUUUAAAAGUACUUUCGAAAUACGAAUGGAAAGGUGAGCGAAAAAAAAAACUACUCCGUAACAGUGACAAUUAUCACUGUCGGCAUUAAAAGAAGUGCGUGGGUGGUUAACAUCUAUAGUAUACCGACCAGUUAAUUUACUGUCAUUAAGUAUAAAGGAAUUUAUUAGCUAUUUAUGGUGAUUCCAGGGAGGAAAUUUGUUUCCAGAUAGGAGACUUAGAAUAACAAAAACUGAAAAAGGAGAGAUGGACGUUUCUUGACGAUUUACUGAUUCUUUACAUAAUUCUUUCAAACUAACAAUGAAAAAAUUGGCGAAAAACAACCCUUCAUGAAAAAGCGAAAAUUUCAUCAUGGACGUCCUUAAAAGAGAAAUGCGUGGAUCCUUAACAACGACAGAGUAAAGGAAUUUUUUAGCUAUUUAUAGGGACUCCAUGGAGAAGCAUUUUUCCAGAUAGGAGACUUACAACAAUUUGAAAAGGAAAGAGGGACGUUUCGUGACGAUAGUCUGAUUCUUUUGUUAUUACUUUGAAACUACUAAUGGAAAGGUUGACGAAAAACAACUCUUCAUUAGAAAACAAAGAUUUCAUCACUGACGUCGUUUAAAGAGAAAUGCGUGGGUGCUUAACACCUAUAUUACAGCAGUAAUUUGCCCUAAGUGUAAAUACUUUUUUUAGCUAUAUUUUAUCAGACUAAAUCCAUGCAUGAAGGACUAUUUAAAUUGCUUCAACUAUUCAACAUUUGCCUGUUUACCUGGUGGCUAAUUCUCGUUAAUACUUAUCAAAAAUAUAUGUGCAACGGCAAAAAAAGAUGAAAAUCAUUUCAUGUGCAUUAGAUUCAACUUUGUUUAACCUUGCGUACAUUAUCGAACUCCUUGAUCCGUCUCUAAAAAUAUAACUUGACAUACAAAAAAAGAAUAAAGAGACAGAGAAGGAAACGUUCAGUGUAGACCUUGGAAUGUGUGAAUUUCACCAAACGUAAUAUGGACCAGUUAAACGCUCGAAAUGAAUUGGAAAAUGGUUUCCGGAGAGGUGAGCAAGAGAGAAUUCAACAGUCGCCAUUACAAUAUUCUGCACUGCUUGCUUUUAGGCAGUCGCGCGUUUACUUGAUGGCGUCUCAAACAAUCAAAUAGCAUAUGCGGAGGUCUCAGGAAUUAACAGCCUCUAAAAAUUACUUCAGUGAAAUUCACAUAUCCCGGCCACGUCCAAAGAUUCCCUCUCUGUCCUAUUAUUAUCUCUUACUUGGCACACAAAGUAGAUGACUUCCACGUUUUUUUGGUCAAUAAUGCUGGACUAAGAGGCAAUUGGGUCGUAUAAAGUAGGGAAGAGCCUUGUUUCAAAGAUUAACUGGCCCUUCAAAUGUCAUGGUUGGCGACCUGUUACUUUAAUCUUUCAUUUCUGAUUGUAACAACAGCAAAAGUAGGCAGCGACCUAAAGCAUCAACGAAAUGUUGUUGAAGUGGUCUGCUUCACGCGAACUGCCAACUCUCUCUCAAAAACGGACACCUUCGAGACAGCACUUAGUGUCCGUCUAUGUCUGUGAUGACCGUCUUACAGAGAGUCAAAAAAAGGGAGUAAAGAAGAAAGGCAGGGACCAACUCUAGCUUUCCGUGAAUGUGCGCCAGUCUCAUAUAGGUGUCCGUUAAGGGAGAGUCGACUGUAGUAACAAAUUCUAAUAUUUAAUUUUUAGAUACACGAUCCCAGUUCCCUCUUCUGCAAGCAAUGAACCAGAUCCCACAGACUCUAUUCUCGCCUCAGCAAAACCAAGGUCUCGGAUUACCACUGGGUCCCUCGCCCGGACCGUUGGAUCAGCUCAGCAAAAGCAUUGGAGUCACUCCACUCCAACAUGUCUUGCCAGACCAAAAUAUCGAGCGUGUGCUCGGCAAUAGGCGGAGCGACGUAAGGUCCAUUGGUCCAGCAAGUUUAUCGCCAAUAACAGUCAACAUACCCAUGACAGCUCCUAGGAAGAUUCCGAGUUUUCUUACGGCGAGCCAAGUCUACAAAGAUUUCGAGGACGUGAAUUCCAGGUCGCAUUUGUCAGAUGACAUUUUUGGGGGCCAAAGUUAGUACUUUCGACCUUUGUAAUUUAUAUAGUUCUUUUAAUACCACUCUGAAAUAUAAAAAAUUCUGUUGAACGAGCCACGAGUCAAAAAGCACACAAAAGCAAAGGGCAAGAUGAUGUUCUCUAAGACGCACUUUCUGAUCUUUACGUUUUUCAUUCACAAUAAUCUUUAAAUUAUGUGCUGUCACCCUGUUAUCAUUGGCAGUUAUAUGCUUACAAAGCAAAUUCUAAAAUUGUGUUGUUUAUAAUAUCAGCCUGCCAUUUUGUUUCAGUGUCACGAGGAGAAGUUCCCAGAAAUGAUUUUGGCCUAGAUGAGGAUUUACCAGAUGAGCCAAGAUAUGACAAGUUUGCUUACGAGAAUGACAAGAAAAUAUGGGGGUUAGAUAACUUCUCCGAGGACGAUGAUGAAGCCAACAUGUUCGGAGCUAGACCGAGAAAGCACAGAAAACUUCAUUACACUUCAGGUACGACAGUUGAUUAUGGGCCAUUGAGAAUGAGUGCAAGAACGAAGCACUUCACUUCUGUUUAAGUAGUGGUUGAAAAAGGUCUUCUUUUGGUCUGGGACUUCUCUGUAAGAGAUUACACUAUUUCUUUCCAGCCACAAGCUUCAAGUAUAUUAAUACAUGACUUACUUUUUCCAUGCCAGAAAAUAGCAAUUACAAAAAAAUACGAGCUCUCAGACGUUUUAUUUUUCCAAAUCAUCUGAUUUAAAUAUUUCUAACUCUCGUCUAUGUAUAAACCUAAACAUUAAUUUCCCCUUUUAGAGACACUGAUCAACUGCAAAUAUUUCUUUGAGUUUUCGUCUUUUCAGCAGAUGAGAUAGGUGAUGACUCCGUUGCCCAGUCAGAUGAUUCAGAUGAAUCUCAGUCGUUCACCAACUUAAGAUACAGCAGCACCGCGGGAAGACGUUUUCAUCACCCAAGAGGUCAUCACAGGCAUCACUGGAUCAAUGAAAAUGCCUUGACACGAGUGAACGGAAAAGGAAUCAUUGGACACAAUGAGGGAGAAGAUGAAGAGCUCACUGAGGAUGGAUUUCACGCAGCAGGUUAGCAGGGAGAUUGUGACAACAGUUAUUGCAGCAGAACACCGGAAACCGGGCAUCUUAAGUUCACUAAUGAUGAGAGGUUUAGAACAAAUUAUAUUCGCUUACCUAAUUUUAAAUAUCACCAGGAAUUUUUUCUUCCGUCUUAACUAUCCAUUUGUGAGAAGCAAUAAGGCAAUAACCUGCGAUCUGGCGUUCUUUUUUUCGGGAAAAAGCGACGGGCAAAUGAAAAAAGGAACGGCGGCCUUUUCCUCUCCCCUCCCAAAGAAAAAGAGAAGAAGGAACGCCUGAUCGUAGGUUAAGAAGGCAAUUGAAAGGGAAAGAAAAAAAAAAGACUUAUCCAUAAGAUAUGGCAAUUGAUAAAAGUCUCUGUUUGAAUGAUCUCUUUUUAUUUAAAAACUGUGCACGUUCUAAUCAGAUGAGACGACUGAAAACGCGUCUAAGGAAGAUACCUACGAAUCACAUCCAAAAUAUAAACAUCCAUCAAAGACCCAUCGACCAAGUGUGGACGAGGAUAAUAUGGAAUCUGAGCAAGUAGAGAAAAUUUCAUCUGAUGACGUCAGAGAGAGCGACCAAUCUAAGGAAAGCGCUACUACAAGCCAAUCAGAAUCAAGAGAAUCAGAUGAAACUCAAACAGAAUCUGAAUCACAGUCAGACUUGCCAGAGGAUAGCUCACAGGAUACCCACUCAGAAAGAACUUCUUCAGAGGACAGGAGUGACAAAAAUGAGGAACUCAAAGAUGGAUUAGAAGGUUUGUCAAAGAACAUUCUUGCAUGCGUAGUGCCAUACUUAGGGUAUUUAACAAAUAAAUGGGAAAACCGGAAAUUUUGGUUGUAAAAUCAAAUGGUUCAGGUCAUUUGGUUUGGGCAGCUUCAGAAAAUACGGGCUGUGUCUUUAAGUGAUGGCAUUUGAAUACCCUUUUCAGUCUUUUCAGCUGAUUUGGAUAUACUUGUAAAGGGCCGUUCUUCCACCACGUGAAAUUUUAUAGUUUCUGUUUAAGCACAAGUAGUAAAAGAAGUUUAACAAUAAUCAUAACGAUAAUAGAUGAUAACAUUUUUCACAGAGUAGCCACUACCAGUAUUUAUUUCUACUUCUAGAAUCAAUGAGAGAGGAAUCGCCGACUGUUAUCUCUUCACCAAAGCCCGGUAUGUAUUGUGAUGUACAGUUUGAAGUCAUGGUAGUACUACUAAAAAGAUAUUUCUGAUAACCCCUUGUGCUUCUGCAGCGCCUACUGGUGAAAUUACUCUCUUGUUCAGUAAUGAUAUAAAGAUCAAUAAUAUGAUUCUGGUAUGACCUAACCUCACCAGGGCCGAACAUGAAAUUUUCGCUACCCUUUAUGGGCCAGUGGGGUUUUCCAGGGAAGAGUGAAAGGUGGAAUUUCUUGUGUCAUGGGAAGAGACACACGUUCGCUGCAUUCAAUUAAGAAAAAAAAACAGUUUGAGUUGAGUUCCUGAAACCGCUAGUUCUCGCUCUGAGUCAGGAAACGUUUAAGCAUGUCAUCGCCAAAGCGGGGAGAAAACAUAUUCAGUGAAUUCCUCAAGAGUGUGUAGCAAGGUAUAAGUAGAUAGUAUCAGCAUCUCAUUUAAAGAAGUGAUUUUAAAAUUACCAUUCUCAGGGCACAGUUCGACGACACUAAGAGAAGAAAUUCUCAAGAAGCUAUGUAAGUUCUAUUUUAAGUGUUAAUUAAAUUUGGCUAAUGAUAUGGUUACACCAAUUCCUUUCCUUCCAUAGCGACAGCCUUGUUUGAAUAAUCGAGUGCAAGCCAGAAUGCAAGGCUCUUUCCAAAACUCCUUAACUUUUCAAAACGUAAAGAUUGAGGAAAUAAAGCACAGUAAACGUCUUUGGGUAUCUGAUGUUAAACCCCUCUUUUUUGCAUUCUUUGAUAUCACCUUUAUGAUAACUUUGUCUAUAAGAAGUUAUAUCAAACACUCUAGACAUUAUGCCAUUAAAAAACACAAAUCUCAAAUUUGCGUGAAAUAUUCCUUUAUGCAACGUAAUUUCAACUGUUUCUGUGGUGUUUGAUAAGUGGGAAAACAUUCUUUUGCGGUUUUUAUUUUACAUAAAGCACCUCGAAGGUCGUUAAAUAUAAUCACUUGCGCGUCGUGUUUUCAGUUCUUUUGUUUUUCACGUUUUUCACAGUGAUUAUGUUUCAAAAACUCUCGUCAUACCGCCUUUAUAAAAAGUAAUCUAUUCAAAAAACAGAACAGCAAAACUGCGAAUAUAAACCAAUCAGUUCGGUGACUGGAUCUAUAAAAAGAACUGGAUCGGGCAUGAAUAUUUUUUUUGUCAGUUUUAUUUUGGCUUUCCUUUUUUUUUCUAAGCAUCAGCAUCAGAUCAGAUUUCGGCUAUUUCUUCAAUUCUUUCCUUUCUACCUUUUCCAGCUCAUAGUGCUAUAAUGCAUCUCAACUUUGAUACAACGCCUUCUAAGCCUGGAAGAACUGUUGUACAAGACGAAUCAGGCAACAAAAAUGAUGCAGGUCUUGCCAAUGGAGCUGAAAUUUCAAAUCGGACAAUGGGUAUGGUACUAGAGCUCACUAAAAAAAUUUCUGGAAGCCUUCUUCAGCAAUGUAGCAGGUUUUCGUAAGGCUCGCUGUAACUGUAAUCACCUCUUUUGCAUUGGGUUUAAUUCAAAUUUAGAUUCAAAUAGUAGAGAAGCAGUUGCUUCAGUAUGGGCAAUGGAAGUCAAAAGUGUUUGGACACUUAAGGUAACAUAAGUAAAACUAAUCCCUCCCUCUCCCUCCACAAACAAUGCUGAAUUUCGAGCGUGAUUGGUGCAAAAAGGUUUGAUUUAGCACAUUGCUGGGGGGCAGGGUAAGGGGGAGGGAGGAAAGUCGGGCGAUCAAGGAAUCUAGCCGAAGUUGAGCAAAAAAAUUGUUAUCAGUAAUAGUGUGAUACAUGUAUGAAAUAAUACAUCUAGGACACUACAUGUAUUAUUACAUGACCUCUAGUGUAGCUAAAAGACCACUCCCCCCCCGGUCCACGCAAAUAGAAAAAAGGUAAAGUCAGACUAAUCCAGCAAGACGCAGAUCGUUUAACAAGCUUUACGGCAUGCGUAUGCUCAAUCUUUUUUGAUAUUUGGAAAAUUCGAAUUAUUGCCGGGUGGAUGCGACAGAAACUUUGGAGGGUUGUGACGGUAGUCUUACAAACUUUGCAUCUAUGGUUUCAGGCUCGUGCGGACGAGUUGCUAUCCUCAAACAUGGCGAAGUGAUGUACAAAGCGGAUCAUUUUAGCAGGAAACCCACAAAAGCUGCUUCUAUCGCUAUGUGGUUAAAAUCCCGCAAGCCGGGUCUUGUUCGCUGGUUUGACGUCGGCGAAGACGGCGCUGGAUCACUCGCAAGCCGGUCUCGCGCGAAACACAGCGGCGGAAAACUGGUGAAAGUGCCCAAGAAUCAGUGGAUUCAUUUGGCGGGAACGUUUGAUUCAAAAGAUGGUAUUGCGCGCGUUUAUGUGAAUGGCAAGCUUAUUUCUGAGACGGUUGGCAAGAAGAACCAAGGACUACCAGACGAUUUUACUGCCACUGGUAUUGGAGAAAAAUUUGGCGAUAAGUUCAUCUCGUUCUUAGAUGACGUUUAUAUGUUCGAUCGCGUUAUUUCUGCGGCAGAAGUCAAAGCACUUUAUAGAAAGUGCGAGUUUAACAGAAUGGUCCUCCAUUUUGGAUUCCAAAAAGUUAACACAACCACUCGCCAAGUCAUGGACCAGUCAGGCCUCGAUAAUAAUGCUACUUUCGAUUCAGGUGAGAACAAGGGACAAGCAUCAACCUAUGUUGUUUAGAUCCAGCAUAGGGCCAUAGCUAGACUUUCGGCAUAGACGAGGCAUGUGUGACCGCCACGGAUGCGCUGAUCCGCUGCGGGGGGGAAUCUGGCUAGACAUUUUGAAAUAAAGAAAAUAUGAAAUGCUACUAACAUGGGUAUUUCUUCAGAAAAAUCGGUCUCCUUCAACUGGGGAUUAUUUUCCACUCGAAUCGUUUUUUUUUUCGGUUUUUAGUUAAGGCCCUGUAGCUCAUCGAAUAAUUAUUUCAGUGCUGGUUAAAACAAAAAAACAAACUUUAACAUGAAGCUCUGAUUAAGGAAGCCAUGUUCACAAUGUAAUAGGCCAUUUGCAUGUUGGCGUCAUAUUACUACUAUGACCAGGAUCCUUCAGGGUUUUGCUUUCUUGUGCAAAUUAGGGCUUUUGUUAUUUAAACCUCACUGGGGCUACCAAAUUUACAUAUGAAAGGGAAAACGAAAAGAAUUCUGGUCGUAGUAGUAAAAUGACGCCAUCGUGCAAAUGGUCUAUUAGUUAUAUUUUGACCUUUUUUCCAGGAGCACACAUCAUGAACAGCGGUUGUGACAAAUGCGGUGCAUGCCUAGACGCAUCAAACGAUAACAUGCCAGGCGUGUAUCUUGAUGGUAAAAAGUUUCAUCAUAAACCAGCUUCAGCGAUAUCAAUAGCCUCUUGGAUCAGCUUAAAUCAAACAAAAGGACGACAUUCCAUCUUUCAAGCGGUCAGUAACAAAAAUGAUGAGUGGCACGACAUUUACAACUUGGACGUAAUCAAUGGAAAGUUGUUUUGGCGACACAAGAAUGAGAAUAGUGACGUCACCUUUAACGUCAGGACCGACGAUGUCGCCAUACCUGAAGGCCUUUGGAGUCACGUGACUGCUACGUACAGCUCCGAAACCGGAGAUGCUAAGAUAUAUGUGAAUGGUCUUUUGAAAGCAACGGUUAACAAUAGGCAGAAACCAAAGCUUAAUAUAGCCUGGGGUCGAGUGUCGAUAGGAGGGCAUUUACCAGACGCAAAAAAUUUUGCUGGACUUUUGGACGAGUUUUUCAUAUACAAUUGGGCGCUGGAUCCCUCGGAAGUGCGGUUUGUGUUGAAAUACUGUGCUGACAAACCAAAAUUGGUUUCGUUUACGGUGCGGGUACCAUUGUUUAAACGGCAGAAAGUGCAGAAAACUCCUCAAGCUCUAAAAUAUUUAUAA